CUGCCCGCCGCAACCCCCGCGCGCGCAGCCAUGACUCGCUCACUCUUCAGAGGAAACUUUUGGUGUUCGGACAUCCUCAGCACCGCCGGCUACGACAGCAUCAUCCAGCACCUGAACAACGGACGCAAAAACUGCAAAGAGUUCGAAGAGUUUUUAAAAGAAAGGGCAUCAAUUGAAGAGAAAUAUGGCAAAGAUCUGCUCAACCUUUCUAGGAAGAAGCCAUGUGGACAGUUUGAGAUCAACACCCUGAAGCGGGCCCUUGAAGUCUUCAAGCAGCAAAUAGACAAUGUGGCACAAUGUCAUAUUCAUCUUGCACAGACUCUGAGAGAAGAGGCCAGGAAGAUGGAGGAAUUCAGGGAAAAGCAAAAGCUACAACGGAAAAAGACAGAGCUCGCAAUGGAUACUGCCCAUAAGCAGAAGAGCUUACAGUUCAAGAAAACCAUGGAUGCAAAGAAGAACUACGAGCAGAAAUGCCGAGACAAAGAUGAGGCAGAGAAUGCUGUCCACCGGAAUGCCAACGUGGCAAAUCCAAAGCAACAAGAAAAGCUUUAUGUGAAAUUGGCAACCUCAAAGACUGCAGUAGAAGACUCGGACAAGGCAUACAUGACACACGUCAACACUCUGGAGCGGGUCCGUGAAGAGUGGCAGAGCGAGCAUGUCAAGGCCUGCGAGGUAUUUGAAGCUCAAGAAUGUGAAAGAAUAAACUUCUUUCGGAAUGCGUUGUGGUUACACAUGAACCAGCUAUCCCAACAGUGUGUCACGAGUGAUGAUAUGUAUGAACAAGUCCGUAAGAGUUUAGAAAUGUGCAGCAUUGAAAAGGACAUUGAGUACUUUGUCAAUCAACGAAAAACUGGACAGACACCACCAGCACCUAUCAUGUAUGAGAAUUUCUACUGCCCUCAGAAGAAUGCAGCUCCAUCAGGAAAGGCUACUGGGCCUAACUUGGCAAGGAGAGGACCUCCCCCGAUUCCUAGAACUAUACCAGAUGAUCCAGAAUAUUCUUUGGUUGAUAACUACAGUUUGAUCUAUCAGUAACAUCAAUGAAAACAAAGCUUUUCCCAUUGAUGCUUCUGUGGCAUGGAAGGAGGCACUCAGAGCAGCAGAAUCUAUAGAAACGAUGCCAAUCAUGAGAACUUUGAAGUGAACCCUUGCUGUCAUUUUUUGAUAUUAUAAAUUUAUGGUAGACAUUUAGUUCAACUUAGGCUAGUAGAUUACUAAAAUUUAAAAAAGAAGUUUACAAAUUGCCCCAACCUGAAGAAUCAUCCUUUCCUACUUCUUAAGUUUUGAAUGAAUUGUGUUUUCCAUUUGAUCCUGGAAAUUCUCUGGAUUCAGAGCCUUGACUCUGGGCAGGGGGAGGCUUGUGUGGGAGCUGCACAGAGCUCUGAGUCACCAAUUUGCAGAAUCUCCUUUGGUUUUGAGGGCAUCACAGGUAUGGAAUUUCCACAGUGACAGGCACUCUGUGGUGCAAGAUUAAAAAUUACCUUCCUGUUUGGUUGAAAGACUUAGAGGUCAUCUGAUCACACUUUCUUAUUUAACAGAUGAUGAAAUGAGGCCAACAAGUGGGAAAUCGAUUUCCUUGCUGUUCUCUCAGCUGAUCAGGGAUAGAACCAGCACUAGAGAGCAAGCCUGCCCCACAUCAGCAUUCCUCUAACCCGUCCUGGGGCUGUGAUACUCGUGUUGAAAUUUAAGAUGCCAAAUGUUUUCACCAGUAUCUUUUCAGUUGGGAAAAUUACCAGGGUUUAAAGGUCAGAUUUAUUUUUACGUGGCUUACUCUGUGUACUGAACUUCAGAGCACAGUACUUAAUAGAAUGAAAGAAACCAGUGACAAUAAAACAUGCCAUUAUUUAUGUGUCACUAGGAAAGUUGGAGGGAGGGAGAAUUGACAAUUAACUUGUGAUUGCUAGUGGCCAAGUACAUUUGAACUUAAGAUGCAAAAGUGUGAGAAAAGUACAUCCUAGAAUCAGUGAUAUAUGAUAUUUUGAAUGUGUUCCUGAAGGGAAUUUUAGAGACACAAAAUCAGUCCUCAAACCUGGGUCUUCACAGAGAAUCUUCCCCUUCUUAGACCUUGAAAUUUUUAGUGUCAGUACUACCCGUUUACAAACAUCCCUCUGUUAUCUACACAUAGCAGGGAGAUUAUAUACCUUUUAGGCAAUAUUCAUACACUGAGAAAAUGAUGCGUUUUAGCUAAUGACAAGUUGAAAUCAUACUGGCACUUACUGAGCAUGUUGUACAGUUCUAUUACCACACCCAAGAAACCCAACUUUUUUCCUCUUGUGUUCUGUGUAAUGGCUUUCCCAGAACUGUGGACAAGGUGAUUGAAAGACUGAUUAUUUUCCCCUUUUAAUGUAUCGAGCCACUGAAAGUGACAACUUCUUACUAUGACAGGAAGCUUGCAUCAGCUGGAUAUCCUUUUGAGAAACUGAAGUUUGCAAAGGGCCUUUGACUUCCCCAAACUUAGCACACUCAGGAAAUUUUCCUUUGAAUUUGGCAGACUCUCUUUGGGACUUUAUUUAUUUUUGGCAGUUCCUCAAGGAUUUUACUUCUCUCUCUGUUGGUCUUGUAAUUGGUGGAAAAGUGCUUUAUGAAUUGAAAAUAAUAUUUUAGUAUGAAGUAAAUAAAGUU